CUGGAGGCGGCUCGUCUUUGGCUCUCUGAGACUCGCGUGGACAGCGCCUCCGCCUCCCCACUUCUCCCCUGGAAAGGAAACUCCCCUCGGUGUCCUUCGCUCUCCUGCCACCCGCGAAAGGUGCCAAGCGCAGCGUUUGCAGGUAUCUCUGCCUUCUUCCACCAACAAUGUUCCUUCUGGCUCCACAUCACUUUGCUCUCCUCGGCUUUCUGGUUUACCUGGGGACACCCAGCUGGGCACAACGCCCACGUAUUCAGCUGCGCCUCGUGGGGCCCAGGAGCCAAGUGGGAGAAGGGCGGCUGGAAGUGCUGUACGACGGACAGUGGGGCACCGUGUGCGAUGACGACUUUAACAUCCACGUGGCCAGCGUGGCCUGCAGGGAGCUGGGCUACGAAGGGGCCACAAACUGGGCUCACAGUGCUAAAUAUGGCCCAGGAGACGGUCCCAUCUGGCUGGACAAUAUGCGUUGCUCUGGCACCGAAAGUUCUCUGGUUGAGUGUGAAUCCAAUGGUUGGGGUGUGAGCGACUGCAACCAUAAUGAGGACAUUGGUGUGGUAUGCACAGGCUUGAGGCGACCUGAUCCUGCUUCUUCACACUUCCAGGGCUCCAAAGUGGAAGAGGUGCGGAUUAAGCCAAUCCUGGCCCGGGCCAAGUUAAGUUCCCCCAUCACAGAAGGUGCUGUGGAAGUGAAGCUCCAAGGACGCUGGCGCCAGGUGUGUGAUGCUGGCUGGACUCGCAACAACACCCGAGUGGUCUGUGGGAUGCUGGGCUUCCCUCGAGAAGGGCGGGUGACAACAGGCUUCUACAGGAAACUCUGGAAUCAGAAGCUGAAGGAUCCAAGGUCAAGUUUAAAGAGCCUGAGUGCAAACAACACAUUCUGGAUCCAUCGGAUCAAGUGCCAAGGCACUGAGGCCCAUUUGGGACAAUGCAAGUUGCAGGUUCAGCCACCCUCUCGAAAUAAAUCUGCCUGCCCCCGUGGCAUGCAUGCUCUCAUAAGUUGUAUAGCUGGCCCUGAAUUCCAGCCCAACAAAGCCAAGCUGCCUGCAAAGUCAAAAUCCAAAGAGAAAUCUCAGGUGCGUCUCCGUGGAGGUGCACAUGUAGGAGAGGGGCGUGUGGAAGUGCUGAUGAAUGGCCAGUGGGGUACCGUGUGCGAUGAUGGCUGGGACCUGCCUGCUGCCAGUGUGGUGUGUCGACAGCUGGGAUAUGGUACAGCCCGGGAGGCUCUUUUAGGAGCCCAGCUGGGUCAAGGCCUGGGUCCUAUCCACUUGACAAGAGUGCGGUGCAGGGGCUAUGAGCGCUCAUUGGCAGAGUGCAGUUCGCAAGAGGCAAGGCAGACUGGCUGCCGACAUGAAGCUGAUGCUGCUGUUCGCUGCAAUGUGCCCCAAACAGGUGUCCAUAAACAGGUACGUCUUGCUGGUGGACGCAGCCCAGAGGAAGGUGUGGUUGAAGUGCUGAUGUCCAGGGGAGGCACCCUACGCUGGGGCGCUGUGUGUGGGGAACACUGGGGGCUCAAGGAGGCCAUGGUCGUUUGCCGGCAACUGGGCUUGGGCUUUGCCAGCCACGCUCUCCAGGAAUCAUGGUACUGGCAGGGCAACCCGGGUGCUACUGAGGUGGUGCUGAGUGGCACGCGUUGCAAAGGCACAGAACAUGCCAUCCAGCAGUGCCAACAUCAUGGGCCUGUGCACUGCCCCACAGGAGGAGGCCGUUUUGCAGCAGGGGUCACCUGCACCAACAGUGCCCCAGAUCUGGUGAUGAAUGCUCAAUUGGUGCAAGAGACUGCUUAUUUAGAGGACCGUCCACUGAACAUGCUGUACUGUGCCCAUGAGGAAGGCUGCCUUUCGGCCUCUGCUAACCACAUGAACUGGCCUGAUGGUUAUCGGCGCCUGCUCCGCUUUUCCUCACAGAUUCACAAUCUGGGACGAGCAGAUUUCCUCCCAAGAACGGGUCGCCAUGCAUGGAUUUGGCACCAGUGCCACAGUCACUAUCAUAGCAUCGAGGUUUUCACCCACUAUGACUUAUUGACCCUCAAUGGCUCCAAAGUGGCUGAAGGACACAAGGCCAGCUUUUGUCUGGAAGAUACUAACUGUCCAGAUGGACUGCAGCGGCGUUUUGCCUGUGCUAAUUUUGGAGAACAGGGUGUCAGUGCAGGCUGCUGGGACACAUACAGACACGACAUUGACUGCCAGUGGGUGGACAUCACUGACGUGCCGCCUGGGAGUUACACAUUCCAGGUGGUUGUGAAUCCUAAGCAUGAGGUAGCAGAGUCAGAUUUCUCCAACAAUGCCCUUCGCUGCCAAUGUCAGUACGAUGGACACCGCCUCUGGUUACAUGGAUGCCAUACAGGUGAUGAAUACGGUGCCAACAUAGUAUGGGACGAGGAGGCACAACAAAGACUAGCCAGCAACCUUGUCUGAAGCAAGACACUCCACAAGGAACUUGGAGUUUUCAAGUCCCAGAUUUGCUCAAGGCUCAGAGCAAUGUGACAAGGGCUGUUGCGGAGCUACAGCUGGCACAGACUGGCACAAGAACGACAAGGGGUUCUCUCCCCCUGUUCCCCAUCUUGAGAGUGGCAACAUCCAAGGCCACAUUUCUUUGUUGUCAAUGUUGAACCUUUCGCCGUGUUUCACAAAUCAGACUGCCUGGUCUCCUUCCUGUAUUUAUAGAGACUGGUAACUAUGGACAGUGCAGAGCUGAGAUGAGUGGGAACCAAGGAGGAAGGUUUUUGCUCUUUCCUCUGCCCACUCUCCCAGUCAAAAAAGUAGCCCUGCUAGAGAGAGGUGGUCUCCUCUUGCCUCUCUGGAAGAAGGGGUGUGUGAGCAGCACAGCCCAGGAUAACUACCUCAGCCAGCUCCAUCUGUCGAAGAUGUAUUUCUCAGGACCUUGGUUUGUUUAGGGACACACCAGAGCUACCUACUGCCUACCCCUCCAUAGGCAUAUGUACGCCUGCAGGCCCAAGAAUCUACAGUUGGUUAUGAGUCAAAGAAUCAGAGAGUUGGAAGAGACCUUGUGGGUCAUUCAGGUAAACCUGCCAAGAAGCAGGAAAAUCACAUUCAAAGCACCUCUGACAGAUGGCCAUCCAGCCUCUGCUUAAAAGCCUCCAAAAAAGGAGCCUCCACCACACUCCAGGGCAGAGGGUUCCACUGCUGAACAGUUCUCACACUCAGGAAGUUCUUCCUAAUGUUCAGGAGGUAUCUCCUUUCCUGUAAUUUGAAGCCAUUGUUCUGUGUCCUAGUCUUCAGGGCAGCAGAAAACAAGCCUGCUCCCUCCUCCCUAUAACUCAUGUAUUAUACAUGGCCAUCAUGUUCUCCUCUCAGCCUUGUCUUCUGCAGGCUAAACAUGUCCAGCUCUUUAAACCGCUCCUCAUGGGGUUUGUUUUUCAGACUCUUGAUCAUUUUAGUCACCUUCCUCUGGACACAUUCCAGUUUGUCAACAUUUCCCCUUAAUUGCGGUGCCCAGAAUUGGACACAGUAUUCCAGGUGUGGUCUGACCAAGGCAGAAUAGAGAGGUAGCAUGACUUCUUGGAUCUAGACACUAGACUCCUAUUGAUACAGGCCAAAAUCCCAUUGGCUUUUUUUGCCGCCAUAUCACAUUGUUGGCUCAUAUUUAACUUGUUGUCCACGAGGACUCCAAGAUCUUUUUCACACGUACUGCUCUCGAGCCAGGCAUCCCCCAUUCUGUAUCUUUGCGUUUCAUUUUUUCAGCCUAAGUGGAGUCUAAAAAGGAGUGCCUGAAUUUUGGUCAAAGCUCUCAACACAAGGAAACCCCCAAUGGCAUAUGCCUUUGUGUUCUAAGAGAGAGGUCUAAAGUAUUAAGUGGCUAGGAGAAGAGUUGUGGAGUUACUUAGUAUGCAAUGAAAUGAUGGCCCCAAAUACAGUGGCUAAAACCUGUUGGGGGAGGCGGGCCACUUGCUCAGGGAAGAGUCACAGUCCCAUUUCACCAAGAUGAAUUAAAAGGGCUCUUUGAUGCCAUCUUUAAUGGAAUUUGAUUCUACCAAUAAAGGCUUUUUG